UGCCUCUUGUAGUGUUUACUAACAGCAUGCCAAUCAUUGGCCUCAUGACAAGCUUAUGACAGAGCUUUUAUUGUUGCUGUUUAGUGAUUAAAGUGAAGGCACCAACAAUUAAUUGCUAAGUCAUAACAUUCCCCAUGGGUAAAUGACACCGUAUGCUACACCCAAUUGUGUAAAGGCCAAGAACCAAGGUCCUCACAGUGACAACUGCUGUGCAGGCAAGCUCCCGAGGCAGAGUUCUAAGAAAGGCCAGAGAGAGAAUCAGUUCCUUGGACCUCAGCAUUGUUUCUUGGCAAGAGAAUGUUAAGAGUCUGUUGAGCAUGUGGGUACAACUGGGAUUGUGAAACCAAGAGUUCAACCCUCAAUUUUCCUUACAUCUCUAUUUAGCCCAGAGAACCACUCUUGGAUUGCAGGUAGAAUUGAAACGGGAAUACAACAGAACAAGCAGGAUGCAAUGUUUGGAGAUCCAAUUAGCUAAACAAGUUCAACAUUGCUUUGGCUGAGUUAAUCAGUAUGGCUGAUACCUGGUUAUCUGGAGUAGAGCAGAAAAAUUAUGCCUGCUUUCCCUUGGGACUCUUUGGAACUUUCACAGUGACAUCUUCUGGGAUUUCUGUCUGGAGUGUGCAGACUGGUGCCUAAAAUGGAAGUAGAUAUUAAUGGCGAACCCCGAAGUACCCUGAGCACCCUGCCCUUGCCUGUGGCUGAGGCGAGCUCCCCGGGAAAGGCAGACACUGAGAAGCCGCGCUGCUCCAGCACGCCCUGCUCGCCGGUGCGUCGGACCGUGUCAGGCUACCAGAUUCUGCACAUGGACUCUAAUUAUCUGGUGGGCUUCACCACAGGCGAGGAACUCCUCAAGCUGGCUCAGAAGUGCACGGGAGGCGAGGAGAGCAAAGGGGAAGCCAUGCCUUCUUUGCGCUCCAAACAGCUGGAUGCAGGACUGGGGCGCUCCUCAAGGCUCUACAAAGGCAGGAGUCGGUACUACCAGCCCUAUGAGAUCCCUGCGGUCAAUGGCAGGAGGCGCAGGCGGAUGCCCAGCUCAGGAGACAAGUGCACUAAAUCCUUACCUUAUGAACCUUACAAGGCCCUCCAUGGGCCUCUGCCUCUUUGUCUUCUUAAAGGUAAGAGGGCUCACUCGAAAUCCCUGGACUACCUCAAUCUAGAUAAAAUGAGCAUCAAGGAGCCAGCUGACACAGAAGUGCUUCAGUACCAGCUGCAACACCUAACUCUGCGUGGGGACCGCGUGUUCGCCCGGAAUAACACAUGAAAUGACUGGCGCAGAGUGCCAACCCGCGGAGGUCAACCUACACUUGGCUAGACCACACACUCGCAGAUAGACACACACACACACACACACACACACACACACACACACACACACACACACACCACACUCCACUGUUCCUGACUUCACAUCCCAGGUGGUUCUAUCAGCUCCGUGUUUCUGGAACCUAAAAAUUGUGGGGGUUACACUUUGAACACAGGAAUGAAAUCACACAGGUCCUUGGGCAAAAAUAAAUUUGGAGCAAGGCAACUGCAAAGAGAGCAGGAUGUUGAUCGCCUAUCUGAACAGCUUUCCAGCCAGGGCUUUUGGGGCAGGACUUUGGUGUUUCUGAUUCUGACACUCAGACUGGAAUGUUAUCUGCUUCGUUGUUGCUGACUUGGUAUGAUUGUUUGAAAUCUCUUCUGUACUUCUGGAAUCUCUGUAUUUUACUAUAAAAUGUAUGUGAUGAUUUGUUUUAUGAAAUUUAGAAACUUGAACAUUGCUGAAUUGGACCACUUUUUAUUUUUAAAUAUUAAGUUGAACUAUUUUAUAACUGGUUUUGCACUGAAAAAAAAAAUUAACAUUUCAGAUGAAGAGCGAAGUCUUACUUCUCUUGCCUCAAUAAUAUUAUUGAGCAAUGGAUUUCUUUUUUUAUUUCCGCAUGGAAAGUUAUUGAUCUCUAUGGCUGUAAAAUAUUUCUUUAUAGCGUUAUUAAAGUGUGUCUUAAUAACAUUAAAUUUGGGAUACAAAGUAUUUAUUUUACAGAGGGAGGGGUGGAAGCUUUUCUAGAAAGUUUCCAAUACAAGGUUUUCCUAAGUCGGAAAAGUUUCCUUAGCACUUAUUUUCUAAUUUAACAUUCAUCGGGAACUUUAAAAUGGGAAGGAUUCUUUUAAUUGUGGAGUAUAGGCAAAAUACUGUUUGCAUCUGAAUUUCCUGUUAGUGAAUUAAACUUUAUAAUAGUGGAUCUCAUGAUCUCUACUAGCGAAUGCUUGAACUAAAUAUGAAGUAAUACCAUUCAGCGCAGCAUGGGCUCAAUCCAGUUUUAGUCCUGUGCCACACAGCACUCAUUGAAAUUCCAGUUUCUAGGAUUAGUGUAGGAGCCUAAAGCGCUUCUAUAGUUUUAAUGGGUUAAUCCUGGAUUACUUAACAAUUUAUGUCAAUUGCACUGGUUUAAUUUGUUGCUAAAGAAACAAAACCUUGGCUUUAGUAACAAACACACUUCAACUAUUCUUGAAUUUACUCUGGGGAAGGAAAAAAAUAUAUAUAACUUACCUUUUGUAAGUGUUUCUGUUUCUUCUUUUGGUUUCUUUCGACUCUUGAAGGUGCAAUUUAUUAUCAGAUUGGCAUUCCUGGCAGCAUAGAAUUAGCAGAUUUCAAGCUUUAUUUUGGGGGGCUGUGAGUUUCUUAGGAGUUGGAGCUCUUACUUUUAAAAUAAAAACACCUUCUAGUUAAACGAGGGGGUCAUUCCUGGUGCAAUUGUGAUUCUCUUUGAGCCAGAAUGAAUGACAGGCUGUAUGUAGAGCAGCCCCCCAGAAACCCUAGGAACUCUUAAUCCAUUUUAGGACACUUUGCCACACUUUCCCUAAGGCACACGGUGUGAGAGAUGCGAGAGCCUUAGGAAGGUGGGCUUGUAUCUUACUGAGUCCGUCACGUUUCCUGAUGGACUACAAGUGUUCAGCUGUUGUAUAUUUUAAAGUAAAUUGCACCUUGUAACAUAUUGUAUCGGUGAGUGAUCACUAAGGGUGACGCUAUACAGUCAUUAAUUUGACAAGACAUAGAAUCCUGUCAGAUGCCAAAGAGUUGGGAUUUUUACGUUUAAUGAUGAAACAUCGUUAUUUAUUGAUGCUUUACCCUGUGGAACUGUAUUAUUUCUAACUAUGAAAUAAAAGGGUGAUGUGAACACA